AUGGCUAUAUCGGAUGAAAGGCAAAGGAUAAUGCCAAUGUACAAAGACCGUCAAACAGGUCAGGUCCUCGAGUACAAAGAAGCUGUUUUACUAACAAAUCCAGAAAAUCCAUUCCUCAAAGGAGAGUAUUUCUUUAGUACACAUUAUGCCGGAAAAUCUUUGGGAAUCAAAUUCCGUGGCGGAGAGCCAUGGAAGAAGGUUUUUGGUCCUGUUUUUAUCUAUCUCAACUCCGUUCAACCCGAUGAGGAUCCUCUUACACUCUGGACAGAUGCUAAAGAGCAGAUGUUUAUAGAAACAGAAAGCUGGCCAUAUGAUUUUCCACUUUCAGAAGAUUAUCAUUUUGCAGGUCAACGUGGUUCAGUUACCGGACGAUUGCUGGUUCGCGAUAGGUACUUUAACAAAGAGAUUAUGGCAGCAAACUCUGCUUAUGUUGGGUUGGCUCCACCAGGAGAUGCCGGAUCUUGGCAAAGAGAAAACAUGGGUUACCAAUUUUGGACUCAAGCUGAUGUUGAGGGGUACUUCUCGAUUAGAGGUGUCCGAGCUGGGAAUUAUAGCUUGUAUGCUUGGGUUCCUGGAUUUAUUGGAGACUAUAAAUACAAUAUUUAUGUUAGCGUUACGCCAGGAAGUAGAAUCAGGUUAGGCAAUCUAGUAUACAAUCCUCCAAGAAGUGGUCCAACAUUAUGGGAAAUCGGCAUCCCAGACCGUACUGCAGCAGAGUUCUACGUGCCUGACCCUAACCCGACUCUCAUGAACAAGUUGUACAUCGAUCGGACAGACAAGUUCAGGCAAUAUGGACUGUGGGAUCGGUAUUCAGAAGUAUAUCCUGAUGAAGAUCUGUCCUACACAGUUGGUGUUAGCAAUUACCAGACGGACUGGUUCUUUGCUCAUGUCAACAGGAAUACAGGAAAUAAAACUUAUAUACCAUCAACAUGGCAAAUUUUAUUUGAUCUCGAAAACAUUGAUGAGUCUGAAAAUUAUACUCUCCAACUGGCAUUGGCGUCAGCUAAUGAAGCAGAGUUGCAAGUUCGGAUAAACGACGGAGAGGCGGCAGACCCACACUUCACCACCGGGGUAAUCGGCAACGACAACGCCAUUGCCAGACAUGGGAUUCAUGGGUUAUAUUGGUUAUUCAGUGUAGAUGUACCUGGCAGUAUACUUCACAAUGGAAACAAUACAAUCUAUCUGAAACAGUCCAGAGGCAAAAUCCCUUGGAAAGGACUCAUGUAUGACUAUAUCCGUUUAGAAGGACCAUCUGAAUCAAAUUAA